CUGCUCGCAUAAAGCCAAAAAAUUACUCAUUGAAGAAAGGGGAGAAAAGCAAGCGUGUGAGAAAAAAAAAAAAAAUUACAUAAGCACCAAUUUCCGACGGUCGGCGGCGGCGGAGCCUCGCCGGAAAUGAAUACUCCGGUAUCGGAUUCCGAUUCAUUUCUGCACAAGUAUAUUGCUCUGGUUUGCUCUCAUCGCCGUCACGUUUUUCACGAAAAUCUAUAACGGAAGGCUUUCGGAUUGUUCUUCUUUUUUGUUGUUCGAGUGCGGAAGGAAGAGAUGAACUUUUUUUUUCCUUGUUUUCUGUUUGUAUGUAAGUGAUAGCAGUGCGAGAUUUCCGAAUCUCUUGAAUUUUUUUUGUGUGUGGAGAUGAGAUUGUUGGUUGAUUUGUUGAAUGCGUGGGGAAAUUUGACCUAGUAGUUUUUGCUGCCUAGUUUGUUUGGUUGCUGGAGUUGAUGUUUUGGAAAAAUUUUCUUGAAGAUUUUCUCGGUUUGAGUGGCUUUUAAUUCAACUGGCGAAGAACAGAGACUGUAAUUAGGUUUUGACAGUAGAGUUUUCUGCAGCGAAACGCUUUUUCCGAUGAGAAUCCAGCCGAUCGAUUCGAUCCGAGGCGACUUUGCUAAGGCGCCGGUGUUGAAAUCUCGGUUGAAGAGGCUUUUCGACCGUCCUUUCAAUGGCGUUUUAAAGAUUUCAUCGGCGGUCGCCGGAGGAGAAAAGGAUGGUUGUUCCACGGCGGCGGUGGCGGAGUUUGAGCCUACUUCGGUUUGUUUAGAUAAGAUGGUGCAGAAUUUCAUCGAAGACAACAACGAGAAACAAUCCACGACAACCGUCGGCGCGGCAAAGUACGGCCGGAACCGCUGCAAUUGCUUCAACGGCAACAGCAACGACAGUUCCGACGACGAAUUCGACUUCUUCUCAGACUCUGUAUCGGCUAAUUCGUCUUUCAGCGAUCCUUCCGACACGCUCAAGAGUUUGAUUCCCUGCGCGAGUGUGGUAGAACGAAAUCUACUGGCAGACACCUCCAAAAUCGUUGAGAAAAACAACAAAACUUGCAAAAGGAAAGACGAUUUGAGGAGAAUCGUCACCGACGCUCUCCUCGCCCUCGGCUACAAUUCCUCUCUCUGCAAAUCCAAAUGGGAAAAAUCCUCCUCUGUUCCAGCAGGCGAAUACGAAUACAUCGACGUGAUAAUUGCAGGCGAGAGGAUACUAAUCGACGUCGAUUUCCGAUCGGAAUUCGAAAUCGCACGGUCGACGAGCAGUUACAAGGCGAUUCUCCAAUCUCUGCCGUACAUCUUCGUCGGAAAAUCCGACCGCCUCCUUCAGAUCGUCUCCGUCGCGUCGGAAGCCGCCAGGCAGAGCCUAAAAAAGAAAGGCAUGCACAUCGCGCCGUGGCGCAAAUCCGAGUACAUGAAAUCCAAAUGGCUCAGCCCUCACACCCGCAUUACGCAGCCCAAACCGCCUCAAAACGACGCCGUACUUGCAGCCCGACCCGAACCCGAACCCGAACCCGCUCCCAUACCCGAAACCCGUGACGAUUUAGACUAUGAGUUCGAAGGAGAAUUAGAUCUGAUCUUCUGCGACAGUACGACGUUAUCGGAGGAAACAAACUCGCCGCCGGCGCCGGCGCUGACGUGGCAGAUGCCGGCGGUGAGGCAAAAGAGUUUAGAGCUGGGGAAUAAAGCGGUGGUCACCGGAUUAGCUUCUCUCCUCAGAGAAAAACUCUGAAAAUAUAUAAAAAUCUAUAAAAAAUGAUUUUCCUAAAAUAGGUCUGUUUUUCUUUCACUUCCAGAACCUUCUAACUACGAAAAUAUAUAUAUAUAUAUAUUUAAAAUAAUUAAAAA